GCCCAGAAGCGAGCGAGGGAUCGGUCGGUCGCGGCGGCGGCCCGCAGAUCGGCGCGCGCCGUCCGCUCUCUUCGCAUUCGGCGGCCGUCGCGGGUGACCUGCAGCCUGCCACCGGGCUCGGGUCGGUGAGUUCUGGCCUCUCGACCCGGGGCCGAGCGGGAAAGCGAAAGCGCCUGGUUCGGCUAACGGCGGCGAGGAGCGCGCGCUCGCUGGCCCGGGGCGCGCCCGCCCGAGCACCGCCCGCGCCCGCCCCCGGACUCCUAUAAGUUUCGAUUCUCCCCGGAGGCGAGUCCCGCGUCUCGGCCGGAGAGCGCAGCGCGCCAUGGCGGACCCGGAGGUGUGCUGCUUCAUCACCAAAAUCCUGUGCGCCCACGGGGGCCGCAUGGCCCUGGACGCGCUGCUGGAAGAGAUAAGGCUCCCCCAGGGGCAGCUCCUCGAGGUGCUGGAGGAGGCUGGGCCCGACCGCUUCGUGCUGUUGGAGACGGGCGGCAGGGAAGGGAUCACCCGGUCCGUGGUGGCCACCACGCGAGCCCGGGUCUGCCGUCGCAAGUUCUGCCAGAGACCCUGCGAAGACCUGCACCUCUGCAAGCUCAACCUGCUGGGUCGGUGCAACUAUUCGCAGUCGGAUCGGAAUUUGUGCAAAUAUUCUCACAACGUUCUCUCAGAGGAGAACUUCAAGGUCUUGAAAAACCAUGAGCUCUCUGGACUGAACAAAGAGGAAUUAGCUGUGCUCCUCCUCCAAAGUGACCCAUUUUUUAUGCCUGAGAUAUGCAAAAAUUACAAGGGAGAGGGUCGAAAAGUGAUUUGCAACAAGUAUCCACAGUGUGAAAGGCUCCACAUCUGCGAGCACUUCACCCGAGGGAACUGUGGCUACCCCAACUGCCUCAGGUCCCAUAACCUGAUGGACAGAAGGGUGCUGGCCAUCAUGAGGGAGCAUGGGCUCAGCUCCAGCGUGGUCCAGAACAUCCAGGACAUCUGCAACAGCAAACACAGCCCAAAGAAACACUCCGGGCACAGAGGUCCUCCGGCCUACCGCAGAGACCCGGCCUACCGAGGGAGAAGCAAGAGCAGAGACCGGUCCUUUCACGGCAGCAUGGAAUUUCUUCCGUCAGCUUCAGCCUCUACUCAGAAAUCCUGCACGGCCGCUGCAGAUCAGAUUGUCCACAGGCUUCCCCAGGAGGACGUGCCUGUAGAGGACCUGGCCCACAAGUUCGUGCAUCUGGGAAGUCAGGAUGGCCCUCAGCCUUCCCCUGUCCCGCCUCAGAUGGAUCAUGUCAGAGGAAGAAGUCAAGUGGGAAGAAGCCAGCGGUUUUCCGAGAAUGGCAGACCAAAGGAUCUGUUUUAUGGGAAUCAAGGUAGCGUUUACCUCCCUUCCGAUUCAAAGCCUGCUUCCAGCCAGAAGGACCCUGCAUCGUUGUUGAAUGGCAAAGGCACCGGGAGAGAGAGUUUGUUUUCCCAGAGUCAGGCUGCCUCUGGCUCUCCUCUAGGUUCUCCACAGACACCCGAUGCCAUGACGGCCAGGAAGAACACGGGCCUGCUGUCCUCUGACGGUGUGAACGCCGAGGGCAGAAGCGGGAAGCAGAAUGUCCAGUAUGGCCCACUUUUUAAUAAUAAUGUUGAUGGAACGGCCGCAGAUACAACUUCCACGAGAUCUUUCAGUUACAAAACUGCAACCAGUGGACAGAGGGAAAAAUCGCUACCUAGGAGUCAGGACGCCGGAACCGCUCACGGUAAUGUCCAGGCCACUGGCAGAGUUGCAGGUGGCGACGACCCUGCCGUGGCAUCUGUGAAUGGUCCAUGCAGAGAGAAGACAGUGUGGGCUAAUCACUCUGUCCACGGCACACCAGAUGGCUCCAGUCAGGUUGCGGAUGAUACCUCCAGAGUCAGUAAAACCGGAGCCACUGGUUUUGACUUCAUGUUGCCAUCCAGAGGGGAUAAAAAUGCGCCGUGCUUUGGAAGUCAGAAUCUGAAAGGCGAGGUCGUGCCGACACCUUGGGAGACCACUGUCCCCACACCACAAGUCCGUACUCCGUCCAAGGUGCCAUCCUCUACAUCCUCCUCAAGUGACAGAAGCGCAGCGUAUGCAAGUCAUGAUCAGAACUCUGCCCCUGUCUUGGUUAGCCCCGCCAGUGAGCUUGCGAGGACUCCGAGAUAUGCUCCAGCUUUUGCGUCGGACGUUGAGAGCACCAGCUCUUCCAGGAUGGCUGAUUGUGGCUCAAAGGAAAUUUGUCUUGACCAUCUGUGUAGGGGCUGUCUAGUUGAAAGCUGCAACAAAGUUCACUUCCACCUGCCUUACCAGUGGCAGAUGUGGCUUGGAAACACCUGGAUGGACCUCCAGCCCAUGGAGAAUAUCGAGAAGGCCUAUUGUGACCCCCAAAUCCACACCUUUUCUAUUGGAGAUAAAGACAUCGAUUUCCAGAAAAUGACUUGUAAUUUUAAUCCUAUCCGACGCAUAUCCACGCCUUCGUCUGUCAUAGUGCUGAGCAAUUUUGUCUUUGCCACGCAAUGGAUUUGGUACUGGAAGAGUAAAUCGGACAAAUGGGUUGAAUAUGGAGAAGAGGCUGACAGUCAGCAAGCUUCUAACAUCGACUCUUCCUACCUGGAGUCCUUCUUCCUGGGCCAUCCCAGGGGUGUUGUGGCAUUCCACGUGGGCUCCCAGAACUACGAGCUGAGUUUCGCAGGCAUGAUUCAGACAAACGUAGCUUCCAAGACCCAAAAACGUGUGGUCAGAAGGCCAAAAUUUAUGUCGUACAAGGAUGUGGAGCAGAUUAAAAGUGGGUUCAGCUAUCAGCUGGCACCACCCCGGUCAGACCCUUUACACCCGGCACUGCUUCCUCAGCGGGACUUUGGCUCUGAUGGCUAUACGCUGUCAGAUAUCCCUUGUUGGGUUCCGGAAUAUGUCAAGAUAGAUAUCUAUUUUAAAGCUUCCAUGAAAAAUUUCAAGGUCGAAAGGAUAAGGAAGAUCAAGAACACAAAGCUCUUGAGUGCUUUUGAAAGGAAAAAAAUGAAGAUGAACAACAGAAAGGAAGAAAUCCUGUUUUAUGCAACAGACCGCGUCCAUCUGGAUUCUAUCUGCAAGGAUAAUUUUGACUGGCUCUUACAUGGAGCUGGUAAACCCAAAUAUGGAAAAGGCAUUUACUUCACAAAAGAUGCCAUCCAGGCCCAUAAAAAUUGCCAGUGUGAUACCAAAAACAUCGUUAUGUUUGUAGCUCGAGUCCUGGUUGGAGAUUUUACUCAAGGAGAGAUGGGAAGCAUUAGCCCUCCCCCACCGCCGUAUAACAGCUAUGUGGAUAUAAGGUCGAAUCCCUCCGUUUUUGUUAUCUUCGAUAAAGAUCAGAUUUACCCAGAAUAUGUGAUUGAAUAUACUGAACUAGACAAAGGCUGCGUGAUUAGUUAGGAGUGAAUAAUACAGUGUCAUAAAGAAGGGCAUCAUCCUUCUGUUCGCUUACAGAGCCAGAUUGCCCCAGAUCGUAACAUUUUUACAUUUCUCAUCUAGUUAUCAAACGCCUUAGAUCAGUGGUUCCCAAACUUUGCUCCACAUUUGAACUGUCUGGGAAGCUUUCUAACAAGUCCAGUGUUCAGAUCGUACCCCAUGCCAACUAAAUCACUGUUUCUAGUGUGAGAGCUUGGGCAGUGGUAUUUUUUAAAAUCCCAAGGAUUCGGGGGCACCUGGGUGGCUCAGUGGGUUAAAGCC